UUUUUUUUUUAGAGCAUGUACAAUAGCAUUAUGGCCUAGCUGCAAUCAGUCUGCUGCGAACAGCUUGUAUAUAUUUGGAUGUUCACUGGCCCAUGAGAGCAAAUCGUCCUCCGUUACCGUCAAAGACUUUCUUUUCCAGCUCCUUUAUUAGGCUAAGGAGUUCUGCAAAGAAGUUCUGUUCUUCUCUGAAUCCUGCGAGACAAGAGAGGGAAGGGUCAUACCCUCAUGGAGAACCUGCUGGUGCCACCUGCAAGGGGGGCCAGGGCUCCUGGGCUGUCACCUGGAUGGCCAAACACAAGGGCAGACUUCUCUGCAGAGGAGAUGUGAUGGGGAGGAGAGGGGAGCCCCGGUUCACGCUCGGCGCUUGGCCAGCCUGGUGUCCAGCAGAACAUCCCCCCCGGAUGAGGAAACCGCGUUGUCCUCACACAGCCCUGCCCGACGCAUGUACACACAUGUGCACCCAGAGAGCUAGAAGGAGAUUCUGGAGAAGCAGAUUAGAUGGAAAGGCAUCCUGCUAAAUUAGGAGGUAAAUUAAAAGAACCAUGUGAGGGACAUUGCUGGGGCACAGGACACGCGCAGGGAACACGAAGUUUGCCUUUCCCAGGAUGGAUCAGAGGAAGAACUGGCCUCGGGUACCAGACUCCGAUGGCUGGUCGGUGGCUUUGCUCUGUCUCUUCCUGGCAUCUCUCUCCCGAAAUGUGUCCAGCAAUGCCUUGUUCAGCACUUUUCACUCUGAGAACCGGGACUGGACGUUCAACCACCUGACUGUCCACCAAGGUACUGGAGCAGUCUACGUUGGAGCUAUCAACAGGGUUUACAAGCUUUCGGGUAACCUGACCAUUUUAGUGGCUCAUAAAACCGGUCCCGAGGAGGACAAUAAAUCCUGCUACCCACCCCUCAUCGUCCAGCCAUGCAGUGAGAUCCUCACCCUCACCAACAAUGUCAACAAGCUGCUGAUCAUUGACUACUCUGAGAACCGGCUGCUGGCUUGUGGCAGCCUCUACCAGGGGGUCUGCAAGCUGCUGCGCCUGGAUGACCUCUUCAUCUUGGUAGAGCCCUCGCACAAAAAGGAGCACUACCUCUCCAGCGUCAACAAGACGGGCACAAUGUAUGGUGUGAUCGUGCGCUCAGAAGGUGAAGAUGGGAAGCUCUUCAUUGGCACAGCGGUGGAUGGGAAGCAGGAUUAUUUCCCCACCCUCUCCAGCCGCAAACUUCCCCGGGACCCAGAGUCAUCAGCAAUGUUGGAUUACGAGCUCCACAGUGACUUUGUCUCAUCCCUCAUCAAAAUCCCCUCAGAUACCUUGGCCCUUGUUUCGCACUUUGACAUCUUCUACAUCUAUGGUUUUGCCAGUGGCAACUUUGUCUAUUUUUUGACUGUUCAGCCAGAGACCCCAGAGGGUGUCUCCAUCAACUCUGCCAGCGAUCUCUUUUACACGUCUCGCAUCGUCCGUCUCUGCAAAGAUGACCCCAAAUUCCACUCCUACGUCUCUCUGCCCUUUGGCUGCGUCAAGGGGGACACAGAGUACCGCCUCCUGCAAGCAGCGUACCUCUCCAAACCAGGAGAAGUGCUGGCCAAGUCCCUCAAUAUCACGGCCCAGGAGGAUGUCCUCUUUGCCAUUUUCUCCAAGGGACAGAAGCAGUACCAUCAGCCACCCGAUGACUCUGCGCUCUGCGUCUUCCCCAUUCGUACCAUCAACGCUCAGAUCAAGGACCGCCUGCAGUCCUGCUACCAGGGGGAAGGCAACCUGGAGCUCAACUGGCUGCUGGGGAAGGACGUCCAGUGCACUAAAGCGCCAGUCCCCAUUGAUGACAAUUUCUGCGGGCUCGACAUCAACCAGCCUCUGGGAGGCUCAACGCCGGUGGAUGGGGUGACGCUCUUCACCUCGAGCCGGGACCGGAUGACUUCUGUUGCUUCCUAUGUCUACAAUGGCUACAGCGUGGUGUUCGUGGGGACUAAGACUGGCAAGCUGAAGAAGAUCCGAGCAGAUGGUCCUCCCCAUGGUGGAAUUCAGUACGAAAUGGUGACAGUUUUCAAGGACGGGAGCCCAGUCCUUCGAGACAUGGCCUUCUCCAUCGAUCAGAAGUAUCUGUACGUCAUGUCGGAGCGACAGGUGUCCCGGGUGCCCGUGGAGUCCUGCGAGCAGUACACGACCUGCGGGGAGUGCCUGAGCUCGGGAGACCCCCACUGCGGCUGGUGCACGCUCCACCACAUGUGCUCCCCGAGGGACAGCUGCGAGCGAGCGGACGAGCCGUACCGAUUUGCAGGCAGCAUCAGCCAGUGCAUGAGCAUCACCGUGCAGCCCAGCAGCAUCUCCGUCUCCGAGCACAGCCUCCCGCUCAGCCUGCUGGUGAGCGAUGCUCCGGACCUGACAGCUGGGGUCACCUGCCUCUUCGGAAACCUGACGGAGGUGGAAGGGCAGGUUUCGGGCAGCCGGGUUGUCUGUGUUUCACCAGCAGCAAAAGAUGUUCCUGCCAUACCUGUGGAUCAGGACUGGUUCGGCGUGGUGCUGCAGCUGAAGUCGCGGGAGACGGGGAGGACGUUUGUCAGCACGGAGUUCAAGUUCUACAACUGCAGUGCCCACCAGCUGUGCCUGUCUUGUGUGAACAGCGCUUUCCGCUGCCACUGGUGCAAGUACCGGAACCUCUGCACCCACGAUCCCACCACGUGCUCCUUUCAGGAGGGACGGAUCAACGUCUCUGAGGACUGUCCCCAGCUCUUCCGCACUGAGGAGAUCCUGAUCCCGGUGGGAGAGGUGAAACCCAUCACGCUGAAGGCGAGAAACCUGCCCCAGCCCCAAUCCGGCCAGCGCGGGUACGAGUGUGUCCUCAGCAUCCAGGGCGUGAUCCACCGCGUGCCUGCCCUGCGCUUCAACAGCUCCAGCGUCCAGUGCCAGAACAGCUCGUAUCUCUAUGAUGGGAUGGACAUAAGCAACUUAGCAGUGGACUUUGCUGUGGUUUGGAACGGGAACUUUGUUAUUGACAACCCAGAGGAUCUGAAAGUGCACCUCUACAAGUGCGCAGCCCAGCGCGAGAGCUGCGGGCUCUGCCUGAAAGCCGACCCCAAGUUCGAGUGCGGCUGGUGCAGCGGCGAGGCCAAGUGCACGCUGCGCCCGCACUGCAGCGCAUCCUCCGCCCAGCCCUGGCUCGACUGGUCCAGCAGGAACGUCAAGUGCUCCAACCCUCGCAUCACCGAGAUCCUGACAGUCUCAGGCCCCCCAGAAGGAGGGACGAGGGUUACCAUCCGUGGCGUCAACCUGGGCCUGGAUUUCUCCGAGAUCGCCCACGGGGUGCAGGUUGCUGGGGUGCAGUGUACACCCCUGCCCGAGCAGUACGUCGUCGCCGAACAGAUCGUCUGUGAAAUGGGGCAGGCGCUUCCAGGGAUCAGCUCCGGCCCAGUGCUCCUGUGCAUCGGGGAGUGCAAGCCGGAGUUCACAGCCAAGUCUGCACAGCAGUACAUGUUCGUGACUCCAGCAGUGAGUUUUCUGAAUCCCAGCCGUGGUCCGGAGUCAGGAGGGACGAUGGUGACGAUCUCCGGGCACUACCUGGGAGCCGGCAGCCGCGUGUCGGUGCUCCUGGGAAACCAGACCUGCGAAUUCUACGGGCGAUCCAUGAACGAGAUCGUCUGCGUGUCGGCCCCUUCAGCCCACGGCCUGGGGGCUGUUCACGUCUCCGUCAGUGUCGACCGGGCUCAGCUGGAGCGGACUUUGCUGUUUGAGUACAUCGAUGACCCGAAGGUGCAGCACAUCGAACCCGAGUGGAGCAUCGCCAGCGGAUACACGCCUCUGACCGUCACCGGCUCCAACCUGGACGUGAUCCAGGAGCCAAGGAUCCGCGUCAAGUACAACGGCAAGGAGUUUUUCAACGUCUGCAAGGUGGUGAACGCCACGGCGCUGGCCUGCCUCGCGCCCCCCCUCACCCCCGAGUACCGACCCGGCCUGGACGCCGUCGAGCGGCCGGAUGAGUUUGGGUUCAUCUUUAACAACGUGCAGUCUCUGCUGGUCUACAACGACACCAAGUUCAUAUACUACCCCAACCCGACGUUUGAACUCCUGAGCCCAACCGGGGUGCUGGAGCAGAAGCCGGGGUCACCCAUCAUCCUGAAGGGCAGAAACCUGUGCCCACCUGCUCCUGGAGGAGCAAAGCUCAACUACACCGUGCUGAUCGGCGAAACGCCCUGCGCCGUCACCGUCUCCGAGACCCAGCUGCUGUGUGAGCCGCCAAACCUCACCGGACAGCACAAAGUGAUGGUGCGUGUUGGUGGUAUCAUCUUCUCCCCUGGUUCGGUGAGCAUCGUCUCAGACAGCCUCCUGACUCUGCCGGCCAUCGUCAGCAUCGCGGCCGGAGGCAGCCUGCUCCUCAUCAUUGUCAUCAUCGUCCUCAUCGCCUACAAGCGCAAGUCCCGAGAGAACGACCUGACUCUCAAGAGGCUGCAGAUGCAGAUGGACAAUCUAGAGUCCCGGGUGGCCCUGGAGUGCAAGGAGGCUUUUGCAGAGCUGCAGACAGACAUCAAUGAAUUAACCAGCGACCUGGAUCGCUCCGGGAUCCCGUACCUUGACUAUCGGACGUAUGCCAUGAGGGUCCUUUUCCCUGGCAUCGAGGACCAUCCUGUCCUGCGGGAGCUGGAGGUCCAAGGGAAUGGGCAGCAAAGUGUGGAGAAGGCCUUGAAGCUCUUUGCUCAGCUGAUCAACAACAAAGUCUUCCUGCUGACCUUCAUCCGAACGCUGGAGCUGCAGCGCAGCUUCUCCAUGCGCGAUCGCGGCAACGUGGCUUCGCUCAUCAUGACGGGUCUGCAAGGCAAGCUGGAGUAUGCCACCGAUGUGCUGAAGCAGCUGCUCUCAGACCUCAUCGAGAAGAACCUGGAAAACAAGAACCACCCCAAACUGCUCCUCCGCAGGACCGAGUCGGUGGCUGAGAAGAUGCUGACGAACUGGUUUGCCUUCCUCCUCCACAAGUUCCUCAAGGAAUGUGCUGGAGAGCCGCUCUUCAUGCUCUACUGUGCCAUCAAGCAGCAGAUGGAGAAGGGUCCAAUUGAUGCCAUCACAGGAGAAGCCCGUUACUCCCUCAGUGAGGACAAGCUGAUCCGGCAGCAAAUUGAGUACAAGACUCUGAUCCUAAACUGCGUGAACCCGGAUAACGAGAACAGUCCAGAGAUCCCUGUGAAGGUGCUGAACUGUGAUACCAUCACUCAAGUCAAAGAGAAGAUCCUCGAUGCAGUAUACAAAAACGUCCCAUAUUCUCAAAGACCGAGAGCUGUUGACAUGGACUUGGAGUGGCGGCAGGGCCGGAUAGCUCGUGUGGUCCUGCAGGAUGAAGACAUCACCACCAAGAUUGAAGGAGAUUGGAAGCGCUUGAACACCUUGAUGCAUUAUCAGGUAUCAGACCGCUCGGUUGUGGCUCUCGUUCCCAAACAGACCUCCUCCUACAAUAUUCCUGCCUCGGCCAGUAUAUCCCGGACGUCUAUUAGUAGAUACGACUCCACCUUCCGCUACACCGGCAGCCCCGACAGCCUGCGCUCCCGGGCCCCCAUGAUCACCCCCGACCUGGAGAGCGGGGUCAAAGUCUGGCACUUGGUCAAAAACCACGACCACGGAGACCAGAAGGAAGGAGACCGGGGCAGUAAGAUGGUGUCUGAGAUCUACCUGACCAGGCUGUUAGCUACAAAGGGUACGCUGCAGAAAUUUGUGGACGACUUGUUCGAGACGCUGUUCAGCACCGUGCACCGCGGCAGCGCCCUCCCGCUGGCCAUCAAGUAUAUGUUCGAUUUCUUGGAUGAGCAGGCAGAUAAGCACGGCAUCCAUGACACAGAUGUGAGGCACACGUGGAAGAGCAAUUGCCUCCCUCUCCGAUUCUGGGUGAACGUAAUCAAAAACCCUCAGUUCGUGUUUGAUAUCCACAAAGGCAGCAUCACGGACGCCUGCCUCUCUGUUGUGGCCCAGACCUUCAUGGAUUCCUGCUCCACCUCGGAGCACCGCCUGGGCAAGGACUCCCCCUCCAACAAGCUGCUGUACGCCAAGGACAUCCCCAGCUACAAGAGCUGGGUGGAGAGGUAUUACGCAGACAUUGCCAAGCUGCCCGCCAUCAGCGACCAGGACAUGAACGCCUACCUCGCCGAGCAGUCGCGCCUGCACUCUGCCGAGUUCAACAUGCUGAGCGCGCUCAACGAGAUCUACUCCUACGUCAGCAAGUACAGCGAAGAGCUCAUCGGGGCUUUGGAGCAGGAUGAACAGGCACGUAGGCAGCGUCUGGCAUACAAAGUAGAGCAACUUAUUGGUGCCAUGUCUAUUGAGAGCUGAAGAAAGGUUGCGGUGCUCACGGACGGCAAAGGGCAAAGGAUUGCACGGACUCUCGGGAAUUAAGAGGGAGAACAAGCAAGAAAGGCGCUGGACACGUAUGAAUAUCAAGGCUCUUCUAGAGGGAGCAGAGACUGGCCCAAGGACUGACUGUGUUCAAAAUCAUAUAGGAUCCGGUUUGAAAAGGCAGGAAGAGAAAAAGACAAAGCAUCUCAAGCAAAGUCAAAUCAAGAGGGGUCAUUUUUUCGAGCAUACAUGGAAAGAAGGAACCUGGAAAGUCUGGAUGUCUCCAUGACUGCUGCUUUGCAUGAAAAUUGUUUGAUGUAUAUUAGAGAAUAAAACUUUAUUUAAAGGGGUUUUUUUUUAAAAAAAAAAAAAAGGAAGAAAAAGAAAAAAAAAGAAAGAAAUAGAGCAAAAACCACAGAGGCCACAGAGAUAAUCCUGGCAACAAGGCUCAGCUCAGCUCUGAAUCCUGUCCCCGAGAGACUCCCGAGGACGCGGCUCAGGCAUUCUGCGAAUGGACUCUUACGCCAAUUGGAAAGUCUGGAAAACUGAAAUUUUCUUCUUCUUGGGAUCUUAUAAAAAAAUAUGAGCACAAGUUUGCACCACACCUUUUUACACAAGUAAAAUAGCAGUUUAGCCAGAAAAUAGUUCAGUGGCUGAGUAACUUAUAGGCACUAGAAGGAACUUUACCUGAAUUGCAAAACCAUCAGAUCAUCCAACCUGUCUUGAAAUCCAGCUUUAUCUAUGUAUUUAUAUAGUGUCAAUAUAUAUAUAUUUUUUUUAAAUCCCAUUUACUGUUGAAUGAGGAAAGAUCUGAUUUUAAAUGCUUUCCCCUUUUCCACCCCCAUUCCGCCUCGCUGGACGCCGCCGCGGUGAUCCGGCAGCACCCUGAGCCGCGGUGUGGCCGCGGUGGUGCCCGGCCGCGGUCGGCGCGUUGCUGGUUUCUGCAGGUACAGUUUGAGCAGAAGCGGCCGGCUGCCCUCUCCCCGUCGGGCAGAGCUGGGCUGAAGCCUCCUCGGUUGGGUUUUGGGGUGGUUUCUGGCAGCCGCCUCUGAUUUCUUGCAGUAAAAACCAACAAACCCCCAAUGUUUACAGUGAGCGAUACUUGAAAAGACUCGACGUAGCGAGCUGAGAUAUUUAUUGCUUUUCUGUUUGACUUGCGGAGGAGAUCAGCACGGGCUCCCUUUGAGUUUCUCUGCCAGCGUUCGCGGUGUCGCCCGGGGUCAGGCACGGGACUUGUGUUUCCACCGGGGAGGGGAAAGAAAAUUUUGCUCUAGGCAAGGGAAAACCUUAACCAGCACUCCACGGGCCAGCUAGCGCUCCUGUCUUGUCUCUGUCUCGGCGUCUCGUUGUGAUGUUCAGUUCCUCGCUGGCCCCGACGGCAUGUGUUCUUGUGGCCAGUGACAGGCAAAUGUUUGUCAGUGUUAUUUCUUUAAAAGACACCAAAGCUUACGUGUGUCCCUUUUUAGAGUGCCAGGAGGGGAAGGAACGCUGUAAAUAUUUCUCUCUGUAAUAAAUAUUGAUAUUUGUGCAGGCUGCAGGGGGGAGGACAGGGUGAUUAGGUCUAAUGGAAAUACAAUUAUCGACUGCGUGACCUUGGCUUUGGCAGCAAAAUAGCUCCCGGCGUCUGCUCAGCCCUGCCCGGUGCCGUGCCGGACUGGGACCUUAGUUUGCAGCCAGUGUGUGCGAAAGGAAAAAUCCGUUUUCCUAUCUGUCCUCCUCCUCCUCCACCGUUGCUGCCCAGAGGAGCCCAGGAGGGUCACCGCGGGCUCCCCGUGAGAGCUGCCGGUCUCGAGACGCAGUCGUAAGGGGAGCAGCAACAGGGGCAGGAGAAGCGCGUAGAGAAAUACUCAGGAAACUUGUUGGUUUAAUUACCGUUCAGUAAAAGCCAUGCCAAGUCCACUUGCUUCUGGUAAUCCGCUUUUGUGAGUUUCUGUGGGCCCCGUUAAUAACUCUGGAAGAGGAUACUACUGUUCAACCUCGUGCAAUAAGUUCUUGACAUUUACAGCGGCCUGAGCUUUGUAACCGGAGGGCUCGGGUUUACUGAGACGUGGGGAGAGCUGGCGGAAACAGAGAGACUGAGAAGCAGAGCAGGAUUCGUGCUGCCCGUUAUCGGGAGAGUUCCCUUCCCAGGGAUCCUCCUCCCACACAGUGAACCUAAUUUUAAAGACAGAAAAUUUUAAAGACAGAAAAUAGGCGCAAAUGUCCAGGUUGCCCUAUUAAAGUCUGGUGAAGGAGCUGUCGUUGCAGCAGCUGCCAGCCUGCCCUGCUCUUUGCUGUGGUGUUACAGGUUUUGAAAUCCUCCAGGUCUCAUUUUUUACUGGUUUCUGUUACUGCUGUUCACAGCGAUCCGGCACGCAGCUUUCGUGAGUGAUUUCCAGAUCUAGCUGUGGUCGUUGUCUUAGGUAUUCGCAUUCAGAUCAUUCACCAAAUUCUUAUGGUACUCUGAAACCCAGAGAAAGCACUCCAAAUGGUUUCCAAACGGUUUCCAAACGCUUCUAAAUAUCAGUUUGAAUAGUUAUAUCCGCGGGAUUCACAAAAUAUGAGUACUGCCCAAAGCAAAGACCUGGCUUUUUCAUCGCCUGCGUGCUGGUGAGUGUGUGCUUGCCCUAAGGUCCGAGUCAGGCCCCCGUGGUCCUCUUUUCUCCACAUCUAUUUGAGAGGCUUUUGCAAAGCCGCUUUUAAGCCUACUUUCCUCCUUCUGCUCUCUACCUUCUGGCCGGGAGCCACCCCAUAAGCAACCAUUUUGUCAUUGCCCCUUCCCCAGUAUUUUCUCAGCAAAAGGCGGAGGUCCCCAACCAUCCCCGGGGUCUGUGGCCGGGGGGGGUUUGUUGGGCAGCGCUGAGCCGUGGGUGCUGCAGCGACCCAGCAGCGAUGCCGGCGACCUGUCUCUUUUCCACGUGCAUUUUUGGCUGCCCGUUCCCCCACGGGCAGGUGGCAGGAGCGGCGGCAGGCAGGAGGUCUCCUUGCUCGAGAUGCUGAUGUGCGGCGCGAUGGGCUACCAGCCCUGCUCGGCCAGUUUGCCCCUUAGCAGCCUCCCCCCCCUCCGCUGGCAGGAGCCUGGGAAAGGGCCCAUGAACUGGGUUAUCCUGGAAAGUAAAGAUGAGGGGUGAAAAGGAAAAUAACUGCAGAGCCCAGAGGGAUUGCUUUGUGAGCGAGGGUUAAAAGAAUCCAACGUGUCCGAGCUGGCUAAAGACGUGGUCUGUAUUCCAUGAAUACAGGAGAGCGCUAAGGAGAGAAGGGGACAACUGAGUUUAUUUUCUGUGGUUUGGGAGGAAUUUGAGCAGAGGAGGAAAUGGAAAGCAGCAGGAGCACUUUGCAAACCAGUAAGCUAUUACACUUUUGACUGACUUCAGAGGGAAGCAGCAGAAACAUCUCUUCUUCCAUCAUCUGAAAAGGCGUUAGGAGGAUGGCGUAGGGAACAGCACGGUGCUGGCUGGAAGGGGUGGCCCAUAAAUAAUCUGCCAAGUAUCUACUCCUGGUGGUUGACAUUAAUUAUGGAUCUUUACAGGCAAUUAUAUGGAAUGAAGCAACAUAUCCCCUUGGGACAAAGCGCUUGUAAUCUAUUGCCCUGUUUGCAUCCGACUUUUCCGUUACUCCUUUGGGAACAGGAAGCUUCAGAUCUCAAAAUGGCAUUUUCUUCGCACUUGCAGCAAACUGGACUCGAGGUUUGGUCAGGAGGGGGCAGUGACUUUGCCUUAGAUGAAACAAUUUCACAUCCCUCUCAUUGCCCCCUUCCUCCUGCAAGGCCGGCUGCUGUUUCGAUUCUCCGGUUCGCUUUGUUUCAGGUAUUUCGACAUCAAAGUGGGAGACGUCAUUUUCCGGAAUCUCUCUGCCUGGUGUCGCUGCUUAAAUAAUUCCAUUUAAUCUUCUGCUCGUGAGCUAUCAAAGCACCCACUCCAAGGGGGAGCAAGGUGCUAAUCAAACGCUUCUCCACCUUGAAAGCCUUUAUUAAAAACCCAUAUACAAGAGUCUAACUUAUAGGCAAGCUUGUCUCUGCAUGAGCCCCGCUGUGGAGCACCACAACGCUGCAGCCCACCAAAGUACAGAAGAUGUGGACGUCAAGUGGUCCACGCUUUGCCAUAAAAAAAGGAUGAAUUUAUGUUUAAAGGGAGGCAGGAGAUCAGCACGGCCAAAGUGCUGGAGCCCCUGUGGGAUCCAGCAUGGACCAGUCUGCAGCUGCGUGAAGACCCACCACGGGAACCAGCGCCGAGAAAUAAAACCGCUGCCGCGGCCUCGCUGCUGGUGGGCAGCGUCGCAGGCAGCGCACGCAUCGGGGUGGGGGGUGGGUUAUCCCCGAAGGAAGCUGGACGUGGCCGUGCCGGAUGGCGAUGCCUUCCCACAGGGUCUCGGUGCUGUGACGCUGGGGAUGGCGAGUGCAGCCGCUCGAGGCGGUGGCAACAGAGACCUUCAUCACAGCAGUGCCUUCAACACACUGUCUUAAAAUCCUAACGGCCCAUCCGCACGUAAGUUCUCUCUCCUACCUUCAAGUGGACUUUCACCAAAACCAUCAUAAUGUAGGAAACAAUUUGGGUAGGCGCAUGGAGGACAAAAGCAAGAGGGCUUAGAGCUCUGGGCUUGCAUUCCUGCACGCCGCUGGCUCUGAGCGCCUCGGUGGAGUCGUUUAAGUCUGCGUGGAAAGGGUUGGAGCGCUUCCCUCCUCCAGUGGGCACGACCUACACACAAGGUCUUAUUUCCAGAAGUCCCAGGCAGGCAGCGGGGAUGAGGAGCGCCGACCUGCCUGCUGCCUUCACCCUGCGCCCAGGUUGGCAAAGGGCAGAGCAGGUCCUGGCACGGUCCCCGUGAUGCUCCCGUCCAAGCCCGUGCCUCGAGCCUGUUCCCUGGCAGCAGAACAGCCGCGUUCUCGCCUGUCACUGGCUCUUCUCCAUCCAGUUUCCAGUGCUGUCAGAGCUCACCCGUCACGGGCACUCGGCUCGCCAAACUAAAGGAAACUAAAAUAGACUGACUUGAAUAAGCUGGGACAUCAGGGAAAGCUCACGAGUGACUGUACCCUGGAGAGAAGAAAAAAAUGUUCAGAGAAGGAUAAAUCACUGACAUCAAAGAUGCAUUAAAAUGCCACGAAGCUUCAGCCAUCCUAUUUCAGAAUUGCAUUUGUACCAUAAACCGCAAGCCAAUAACGCAGGGAGCUGCGACGUUGUAUAUAGUUGCGUACUAGGUAGAGCUAGGUGAGCAGUCCCGUCUGUUUAGUGAAUGUGUCUUUGGUGAAAACACCCGCAUCGCCCCAGCCUCCUCCCAGCCUUCGCCCGCGACCACCAAAACCAGCGGGUUGGAGGCCAAAGGCGAAGUGCUGGUGACAGCUAAGAGGCCACCCAGCACCCGCGUGGACAGGAUGCUUUUUUUUUUUUUUUUUUUAAUUAGACAUUUGGUGGGGAAAUAAUCAGAGUAGAAGAUGCCAGUGUGGGCUGUGAAGAAGGUGCCAUUCAGGAUCUGCUGAGCUGAGCAACCCUGAAUGUGCAAUUUAAAUGUCGGUUGGUCAGAUUAAUUUUGAAGGGGAAGAGGAUGGGAGUCUUCAAACUGAUUUUUGCCUCCUGGAAGGCUUUGUGCAAAGCCUCUGUUCGCCAUGAAAAAAUCCCCAGCUUUGGGUGGUGGUCCCGUUCUGGGUGGUACGUGUGGCUUUCUGGCUCCUCGGUGGGCAGGCGUGCAGCAGAAAGCUGUGGGUCUGGGGUACCAGCCCGCAGCCCGGGGUGCUCCGCUGCCUGCCCGCGGCGGCACGGGCUGGGGGUGCGCUGGGGGGGCGGGAGGUGGGGAGGUGAAGGCAGCGGGGCAGCACGGGCUGGCAGACACCCGCUGCUCCCUUGCUGGAAAAGCGGCUCCUCGUCUCGCCUGGGCGUCUGCGCCAACGCUGCUGCUGCGGUUGCACCGGGAGCAGCUCAAACGCAGCAGUGGGUGUUUUGGCCGUGCUGUGAGCACGGCGGUGUUCUGUGUGCUUGUUCUUUCAGAUCCCUGUUUGCCCCCUAUUACCCAUUCCUCUCCUUUCUUUGUAAAAGUGGAAUAUAAUACUGAAAAAAAAAAUAGACUUUCCUGCAGCGCCUAAGAACACGCUCAAAAGACCUGCAGGGUCCAUCCAAUUGCACGGACAAUAUCCCAAACUCUCUGGGCCUCCUGAGGCUGCCAAAUCAAAUACGACAUCUCCUGUAUGGCCUUUCCUUUGAGAUUUUUAAUACCUCUAUUUCAAAUAAGCUUGGAAGUUUAUGCAACAGCUUCUCCAUCCCGUGUUUCCAUCUCAUGGACCGGGCAGCAGAAAGGUGCACCUGCAAGAGAAGCCGUCGGAAAGCAAAUGAGCUGAUGAGCUGAUUUUGCCACGUUAUUUCAUAGCUUCAGAAGAUACUGCAGUAAAAUGUCCUUCUCUUAUUGAUGAGUGUUUCUGUGUUAAUGGCACCUUGGGGGUCGUUACGAGAAGCGGUGGGAAGCAGUGAGGGGAAGGGAACGUACAGGUACUAAAACUUCUGGAGUCCCCCAGAAUGUCACAGAAUGUAGAGAUAUCAGCCGUGGAACAGAUUCUGAUUUCUUCUGCCCCCCCCCGCUCCUUAAAACAAACCCAUGCCAGUUGUAGGGGAUUUGCGUGUUGGCAGGAACGGUGAAUUGGUUUGUAGCCGUACCCAUUCCACCGGAUCGUUCUCUGGCUCCUCCCCUCCCCGUUAUACUUGACACACUGGAGUUCUGUAUUAUAUUUUUUUUUUAAGAUGAUUGUCUGUUUUUUGUUGUUUUUACAAGUGUUGUGGAAAAAAAAAUGUAAGAAAGUUUAAGUAUUUAAAAAUGUUCCAAGGAAAAAGGGGGUUUUGUUAUUAUUCUAAUAUAUUAUUGUGUACCUAUUGUAAAUAUGAAACACUCCUAUUUUGCAAGCCAAGGACUCACUUUGUACUGUUGUUAUAUAUAAAUAAAGUUUACUGGUUAAAAAA